AUGGCACAUAUCGCUAACCUUCCCAUUAUGCCACUGAUGCCCACCACUUCCUCACCCGAUAUCAAAGAAAUCGCCUUUAAGACCGCACCUUCUGCUUCCAAGCUCGAAAUCAAGCACGUCCUCCAAACCUUCUAUGGCUUGGAGGUCCAAAAGGUUCGAACUUUGAACAUGAAGGGCAAGAAGAAACAUCGCUUGGUCGCAAAACCCGAUUACAAGAAGGCCUAUGUCACGCUCAAGAAACCACUUUCCUUUUCCCAAGACCUUUACCCCUUUCGUCCCAACCCCACUAUCCUCGAGGACACUAAGAACAAGAAGGUGUUGGCUACUCAAUUUUAG